AUGGAGUCUUCCGCCAUCGAGGAACCGGAGACGACAGAGAUGGCCCCAGGCGCUGGCCGACAUGACGACGGGGAGUUUGACCACUCCCAGAACGACGAGCUGCGUAUGUGCGGGAUGGCCGAAGAUGAUGAGGACGAUGAUGUCCACGAGGACACUGCCGUGCUCUUCGGCCGUUCUGUUGCUGAUCCCCUUCCCGUCGACGACUUCGACCCCCCAGUCGACGUGGCUGAUGCCGACGCUGUGCUGAGUUCAUUGAGGGGUUUUGCCCGUUUAGUGCCUGGGCCGGCACGGGCACGCUGA